AGGGCGUUGCAGCCUUCUUCUCCGUCGCUGGUGAUGGCGCCGCACCCUAUAAAAUCCGAGGUGCGAUUUUUUUCUUCUACAAAUCGAGUUGAAAGUGAUGGAUUUUAUAUUGGCCGAGAGCUUCUUAAAUUCAGGUUGAAACUUGGGGAAUCCUGGCUCCACGCGUGCGCAUCGUAGAAACCCUCAGCCCUUGAAGAGGUCAAUAUUAGGAUUUAGGACAAGUUUUGUUUUAGAUUUUAUUGAUCCCCUGGCCUCUGAAGUUUGCGCCGAGUUUCAGUACACAGCCCACACGCAUUCUGAAUCAUAUAAAUAAGUAGAAAUAUAGUACUAAAAUACGGUACUUGAGAUGUUCAGAAGUACUGCAUAGUGCACUUAUAUAAACCCUUAUUUUGAACUAUACGGCAUCACAUCAUCAAGGUUUACUGUUGCAAAGCUCGUGGUGUUCCAAACAAAGUGUACAAGCGACAUGGGAUGGGGAUAUACCAUGCAUACAUGGCUGAGUUUUCUUAAAACAAAUUAGGCUGGCCGGCAGUACCGUAGUAGAAUAUACUAGUAUUUGUGAAGGAGUCAAAGCUGUCAAUGUAAGCAUGAAAAUUAAAUGGUGGAUGAUCUGUAACGCCAACUCAGUCUCUGAGCUACUUAAUUACUUGCUGAAGUGUGAACGACAACACUCAUCUCCACUGAAGUCAACAAUAUGUGGCUGGAUCUUGUUAUAAGCGAAUCAUGCAGAGUUAAACUCCAAUUUUGCCAUACAAAGCAGUGAGCCACAAAGAUAUGCCAUGGAACUCUCUGUGCUCAUAGUAUUGGCGUUGUUGCUAUUGUCUUAUGGAGCUGGGAGCAGUGUUUGCACUGUCCUCCUUGGGAACGAUACAGAUAUGCUGUCGCUCCUUGAUUUCAAGCGCGCCAUCACCGACGACCCGAAAGGAGCCUUAAGCUCAUGGAACACCAGUACCCACUUCUGCAACUGGCAGGGCGUGAAGUGCAGCCUCACACAACCUGAUCGUGUUGAGGCGCUGGACCUACCUGAGCAGAGUUUGGUUGGGCAAAUCUCUCCUUCCCUUGGAAACAUGUCAUAUCUUGCUUCUCUUAACCUCUCUGGAAGUAAGUUCUCUGGUCAGAUUCCUUAUCUUGGCCGCCUGCAAGAGCUGAUGUUUCUUGACCUGAGUUACAACUCACUGCAUGGGAGUAUUCCAGUGAUACUCACAAACUGCUCCAGCUUAAGGGUGUUGGACCUCUCAAGGAACUUCUUGGUGGGUGAAAUCCCUGCAGAAAUAGCCCUUCUCUCCAAUCUGACACGUUUGUGGCUUCCCUACAAUGGUCUUACCGGGGUCAUCCCACCAGGCCUUGGUAAUAUCACUUCUCUAGAACAUAUUAUUCUGAUGUAUAACCACCUUGAGGGAACCAUUCCUGAUGAGUUUGGGAAAUUAUCCAAGAUGUCAAACUUACUCCUUGGUGAAAACAAGCUAUCGGGUAGAAUCCCAGAGGCUGUCUUUAAUCUUUCUCUGCUGAAUCAAAUAGCCUUGGAGUUGAAUAUGUUAGUUGGCUCUCUACCAUCUAACAUGGGUGAUGCUCUCCCUAACCUUCAACUUCUUUUCUUGGGCGGUAACAUGCUGGAUGGUCUUAUCCCAGACUCAUUAGGCAAUGCAUCUGAGCUACAGCACAUAUCCUUGGCAUAUAAUAGUGGGUUUAGAGGACAAAUCCCACCUUCUCUUGGUAAACUUCAGAAGCUCAAUAGGCUAGGUCUCGAUGGAAAUAGUCUUGAAGCAAAUGACAGUCGGAGCUGGGAAUUCCUGGACGCAUUGAGCAACUGUACUCUUCUAGAGAUGCUUUCAAUCUAUGGAAAUCGGCUACAAGGAGUCUUGCCAAAUUCUGUCGGCAACCUUUCUUCUAAUCUUGACAAUCUCGUGUUUGCUAGAAACAUGCUAUAUGGAUUAGUUCCAUCAAGCAUAGGAAACCUCCAUAGACUAACUAAACUAGGACUAGAAGACAACAAUUUUACUGGUCCGAUUGAUGGGUGGAUUGCAAAUCUUGCUAGUUUACAAGGGUUGUAUCUUCAACAGAACAACUUUACAGGGCAGAUUCCAAGUUCAAUUGGCAAUAACUCCCGGUUGUCGGAACUGGUCCUAGCAAAUAACCAGUUCCACGGUCCCAUACCAUCAAGUUUUGAGAACCUUCAGCAACUAUCAUUAUUAGACCUCAGUUAUAACAAUCUUCAAAACCAUAUACCAUAAGAGAUUUUUAGAGUAGGCACAAUUAUUCAAUGUGCAUUAUCCCACAACAGUCUAGAAGGCCAAAUUCUGUACAUCAGUAAUCUUCAACAACUCAACUAUCUAGAUCUUUCAUCCAACAAACUUACCGGGGAAAUUCCUCCUACUUUGCGCACAUGCCAGCAAUUGCAAGCCGUCAAAAUGGGCUGGAACAUUCUGUCAGGAAGCAUUCCCAUAUCUCUGGGCAGUCUUAGCAGCUUGAUUGUGCUCAACCUUUCACAUAACAACCUCUCAGGCUCUAUCCCAAUUGUUCUAAGCGAACUUCAACUUCUCACCCAGUUGGAUCUGUCUGACAAUCAUCUUGAAGGAGAAGUACCAAUAAAUGGAGUAUUCAAAAAUACGUCAGCCAUUUCGCUUAAAGGCAAUCUGAGGCUUUGUGGAGGUGUAGUGGAUCUACAUAUGCCUUCAUGCCCCACUGUUUCAGAGAAGAUCUAGAUGGCAACACUAUUUGGUCAUAGUAUUGGUCCCCGUAUUAGGCAUCAUAUCACUCAUAUUGC